AUGUCAAUUCUACCUAGUUUCCGUUUCCAGUACUCCAGGCUUCCUGAUCCAGCUGCGCCUCGACCGCCUCGCUACUUCAAUAUCCUGCCUUAUCGAGAAUCCACUCUCGGCGAUGAGCAUUACGGCGUCGAGCAUGAUAAGGUUGCGGAGUUCGCGCAACUCCGAAGCAAGAAUAGGUCUGGAGCUCUCGAUCAACCCGCCAUAACCAAGCAAGACCAUCUUCUCAAAUGGGGCAUGCCGGAGCUUUCGCCUGAAGAUUUACACCUUCUUGCGCCGUUUCUAGAUCUCUUGCUAGGUCUGGAUGACGCGAUUGGUGUCCUCGAUUAUGAGGCUCAAGAGAAAAUCUUCGAUGACCUGCUACUUUCGAUCCUCAGCUUCUGGAAACUGGACACGACUCCCAAUAAUUGCUCGGAUGGAAAUGGCAAGUUAGCCGAGAUGUUCCUAAACCCCGUUAUCAAAAGCCGGCCGGAUCUCAAGGAACCGUUUCUCAAAGCACUGAUGGCUGCCAUCAUUGCUCAACCAGUGAGGCCAGAUAUUGGGAUGACGUUUGAAAGAUUUAAAAGGGUCCGAAUGGACAGGGCUGGGGCGAAGAUCGGAUUUGAUAUAGCUAUGCUCUUCCAUGGUUACCGUAUCCCCGACGAAGAGCGAAGCUCCAUCUCCCAGCUCUUGGAGUACGGAUACCUCAGCACGGCGCUCUCCAAUGACUACUACGGCUUUGAGAGGGAGUAUCACAGCCAUGUGGCGAAUGGAACCGUCCAUCAUAUCCAUAACGCGGUUGCACUUCUCAUGAGAAAUUAUGGUUACGAGGAAGACAAGGCGAAGGAAAUCGUGAAGGCUGAAACCUUAGCCGCCGAGAAGAAGCUAAUAGACGGUUCAUACAUGGGACUGUUUAUUCUCUCGAUCGGUGGCAGUAACUUUUGGCAGGCGCAGUCAGAGGGUUACCAUGUUGACGAACCAAUGCAUUCGAAGGAAUCUCGAGCUCGAAUGAUCGCUAAACCGGCUGGACCGUUGUUGAGGUUGAACGGAUACGCACCUCCAGCUGCCCUUGUUGAAUCCAACGAGUAUCUAUCGCUAGAUGGGGAUUCUUGCACGUGUCCGUGGUCGCAGCACGCGCAGAAUCAGCAGCGUGAUGAGGGCAAUGAAAACGGCAAUAUUCAGGCGACAGCCAGCUAUGAUAUCCUUGCACCAUUCCGAAAAUCUGACGCCGAAGAUAAUUGUACAAACCCCUACAUCUACACGAAAUCUCUUCCCGGGAAGAACACUCUCGCGAAGUUUCUUCAAACUCUGAGGCCAUGGUUUCUAAUAUCCGACACCUCUCUUGCCGUGAUCAAGGAGAUCAUGACAAUGCUUUUCACCUCUUCGCUCAUGCUCGACGAUAUCGAGGACGGCUCUCAUCUACGGCGGGGUUUGCCAGCUGCACACGUAAAAUAUGGACUCAGUCAGACUGUCAACUCGGCGACGUAUCUGUUCGGGACGGCGACGGCUUUGGUAGAAAGGAAUUUGCGGCCUGGAUGUCUGAGCGUUAUAUUAAGCGGGUUCUUCCGUUUGGCAUUGCAGCUCAUGCAGAUUGAUGCUGGAGCUCAGUCCAAUGAUAACCUCAGGCAUCUGAUCACACUGAUAGGAAGGUACUAUCAAAUUCGCGAUGACUAUCAGAAUCUAGCGUCGGAAGAGUAUACCGCCAAGAAAGGAUUCUGCGAUGAUCUGUCAGAGGGGAAGUUCUCCUUCCCGCUCAUCCACCUGCUGCAGCAGAGCUCGAAUGCAGGGGUUCUUCGUCGAUUGCCCAUCUUUGGCAAGGAGGGACAACGGGACGAGGUCACAGAAGAGACUAAGCUGUUCAUCCUCGAGGAGAUGAAGACGGCGGGGAGCCUUGGGCACACGCUUGAUGUUCUCAACCAACUCUUUGAUUCCAUCUUGGCCACCCUCGACACCGUGGAGGCCGAGAUGGGAACGAAUAAGAAACUCCGCUGCUUGAUUCUCCUGUUGAAGUUGUGA